AAAGAUACUUUUCCCUCUGUUAGAAAUUUGGAAGCCCCCAAUAACAUACACUCACUGCUCUUUUCUCUCCCCGGUUCUCUCUCUCUCUCUCUCAGUCAAGAGUCUUUCUGAGAUAGAUAUCAGACGAAGAUGGAGUGCUGUUGGCCUGAAAACUUGCCCUCCAAACCCAAAAGAGCCAUUGACCAGCUAAUUGAAGGCCGUCAAUUGGCGACUCAGCUACGCUCUCUUCUCAGUAACUCGCUUGGAGAUGAUGAGUCCACUCUCCCCCCGGCCAAAGAUCUUCUCCUCAAAAUCCUUAAUUCAUUCCAGAACAGUCUCAUGAUAUUGAAUUCCGACGACCCCGAUCAUGAGUUAAUGUCUCCGAUUCCGACUAAAACCCACGGCACCAAGUCGGAAUCUUCCGAAGGGAGUUGCAGGAGUAUCUCCACCCUCAAGGAUCGGAGAGGAUGUUAUAAGAGAAGGAAGAAUACCCAGACGUGGACAAAAGACACUGCCACUCUGGUGGAUGACGGCCAUGCAUGGAGAAAAUACGGACAAAAAGUGAUCCUUAACGCCAAAUUUCCAAGGCACUACUACAGGUGUACUCACAAAUUUGAUCAGGGAUGCCAAGCAACCAAGCAUGUGCAAAGAAUCCAAGAGGAACCCCAAAAGUACCGAACCACAUAUAUUGGGCAACACUCAUGCAGAACUUUCCUGAAGGCUCCUGAAUUGAUCCUGCAAGAUCCUUCUGAUCCCAGUACUACUACUGACUCUUCCAUUCUGCUGAGUUUUGACAACACCAUCUCAAACAAGCAAGACAGUCACUUUUUGAUCUCAUCCUUCUCAUCAAUAAAGCAGGAGCGCAAGGAAGAGAAGCCCGCCAUGAGCAGCGAUGAUAUCAUCACCCACACCCACAACCACAACCAAUCAUCAUCUUCCGAUUAUCUCCUAUCCCCUGAUCGGACUCCGGAUUUGGAGCCAUUCGGCCACAUGUCCGUCUUAUCAGAGUCCGAUAAUGGGGAUGUGAUUUCUGGGGUUAUGGUGCCACCAGUUGACUUUGACGAUGAUGUUUUUUCUUUUAACUUUUGAUUGGUGUGUUUUCCUUGCAAGUUCUACCAAAAACGCAACAUCGGAGUAUGCGUUUUGGGUAGUCAACAGACUCCGAUGGGUGCGUUCGUUUGGGUAGUAAUAUUUAUUAUACGUACGGAUAGCCUUUUCUGAAUGUAACAAAAUAUUUCUUGUAUGUA